AUGGGUGGUGUUGUGUUUUUUAAUCUGUCUUCUUAUAGUGUUAAGGCCGCGUAUACCCCGCACAAAUGGAAAACCUGGACGUUCCUUGCACCGACGUUUUGUGACCAUUGUGGUACGUUGCUUCACGGCCUCGCGCAUCAAGGAUAUAAAUGCGAAGCAUGCGACAUGAACGUACACAAGCGAUGCGAGGAGUCGGUGCCAAAUCUUUGCGGCUGCGAUCACACGGAGCGGCGCGGACGCAUCCAGCUCUCUGUGUCCUGCCAAGGCAACAAACUUACUGUCGAAGUGAAGCAAGGCCGCAAUCUGAUCCCGAUGGACCCUAACGGACUCUCGGACCCCUACGUGAAGUUGAAGCUGAUCCCCGACUCGGACAACGUUAAGAAAAAAACCAAGACCAUCCGAAGCACACUCAACCCCGUAUGGAACGAGACGAUAACCUUCGACCUCAAGCCAGAGGACAAAGACCGAAGGUUACUUAUUGAGCUAUGGGAUUGGGAUCGCACCUCCCGAAACGACUUCAUGGGCUCUUUAUCAUUCGGGAUCUCCGAAGUAAUGAAAGCUCCGGCCGAAGGAUGGUUCAAGCUCCUGACACAAGAGGAGGGAGAGUUCUACAACGUGCCGGUGCCCGAAGAGGGCGCCGAUCUCGCUCAACUGAAGACCCAAAUGAAGGCAACCAGUGUUGCCGCGCGUAGACCUCAACCACCACCUGAUAGAGAAGUGCCGCACAAUAUGGCGGCUGCUGACGUUAUUCGAGCCUCGGACUUCAACUUCCUCAUGGUCCUCGGGAAGGGCUCUUUUGGCAAGGUAUUGCUCGCAGAGCGUCGCGGCACCGACGAAUUGUAUGCAAUCAAGAUCUUAAAGAAGGAUAUCAUCAUCCAAGAUGAUGACGUGGAGUGCACGAUGGUAGAAAAGCGGGUGCUGGCGCUCAGCAGUAAGCCACCGUUCCUCGUUCAGCUGCACUCUUGCUUCCAGACUAUGGAUCGCCUGUACUUCGUAAUGGAGUACGUGAACGGUGGAGAUUUGAUGUUCCAAAUACAACAGUGCGGCAAAUUCAAGGAACCAGUUGCCGUUUUCUAUGCAGCGGAGAUUGCCAUUGGUCUAUUUUUCCUCCACUCCCGCGGCAUCGUGUACCGUGACUUGAAACUGGAUAAUGUGCUCCUCGAUCAGGACGGCCAUAUUAAAAUCGCCGACUUCGGUAUGUGCAAAGAGGGCAUCACCGGCGACAAGACCACGAAGACCUUCUGCGGUACACCCGAUUAUAUAGCACCAGAGAUCAUUUUAUACCAGCCGUAUGGAAAAUCGGUGGACUGGUGGGCGUAUGGGGUGCUGUUGUAUGAAAUGCUGGUGGGGCAGCCGCCAUUCGAUGGAGAAGACGAGGAGGAACUUUUCGCAGCGAUCACCGACAACAGCGUCUCCUAUCCGAAGACUUUGAGCAAGGAAGCGAAGGACGCGUGCAAGUCGUUCCUGAUGAAGAACCCACAGAAGCGACUGGGCUGCGGGCUGCGCGGCGAGGAGGACGUGCGCACGCACGCGUUCUUCCGCCGCAUCGACUGGGCGCGCAUCGAGGCGCGCGACGUGCAGCCGCCCUUCAAGCCCAAGAUCAAACACCGAAAGGACGUAUCCAACUUCGACAAGCAGUUCACACAGGAGAAGACGGAGCUGACGCCAACUGAUAAGCUUUUCAUGAUGAACCUGGACCAGACCGAGUUCAUGGGCUUCUCUUUCCUUAACCCGGAGUACGUGCAACACGUUUGA